UUUACAUUUUAUAAUACACAUGGCUGUUGUGUUGUUGUCACGCAAGUACUGAAAAAGUUAUUCAUAAUUACUUGGGCUUGCAAAGGCCUCAAAGGAGUUUACGAAAUAAACACAGGCCUAUAGUACCCACCCAUCUCUGUUGAUACUGCUUCAGUAUGGCAACCAUUCCUGGAAUAGCAGUGGAUGCAGUGCUAGUGAAAAGUGAUGACAUGCCUGAGCACACAGAGGUCAUCCGGGGAUAUGAUUUUAAUGAAGGCGUCAACUACCACAAGCUGUUUGAGAGUAUGACGCGGACGGGGUUCCAGGCUACAAGUGUGGGGCAGUCCAUCACAGAGAUCAACAGAAUGAUUGAUUGCAAGUUUCAAGAAAUCCCAGCUGAGAAGAAACCAGCCAUGAACCUUAACCCAUGUGGAAGGGAGUUAACCAACUGUACCAUUUUUCUCAGCUACACAUCCAACCUUGUCUCAGCUGGUACAAGGGAGAUAAUCAGGUACCUUGUACAACAUAAUAUGGUUGAUUGUGUGGUGAGCAGCGCAGGGGGUAUUGAGGAAGAUUUUAUCAAAUGUAUGGCACCAACUUACAUGGGAGACUUUUCUCUACCUGGCAAGGAGCUUCGCAGUAAAGGAUUGAACAGGAUCGGCAACUUGCUGGUGCCCAACUCUAACUAUUGCCUGUUUGAGACCUGGGUCACUCCAAUACUGGACAGCAUGGUGGAGGAACAGAAGGAGGGAGAGAAGUGGACGCCUUCCAAGAUCAUUUCACGAUUAGGCAAAGAAAUCGACAACCCAGAUUCUAUAUACUACUGGGCCUAUAAGAACAACAUUCCAGUUUUUUGUCCAGCUUUGACAGAUGGCUCUCUGGGUGAUAUGAUCUACUUCCACUCCUACCAGAAACCUGGGCUUGUUAUUGACAUAGUGGAAGACAUCCGACGUAUGAACAGCCAGGCUGUUUACGCAGUGAACACAGGAAUGAUUAUACUUGGUGGAGGCAUGAUCAAACACCACACGUGUAACGCUAAUCUUAUGAGAAAUGGUGCAGAUUUCUCUGUGUAUGUCAACACGGCGUGUGAAUUUGAUGGCAGCGAUGCUGGAGCUCGCCCUGAUGAAGCCGUGUCUUGGGGUAAAAUCAAACCUGGCAGUCAUGCUGUUAAAGUGUAUGGUGAAGCUACUGUGAUAUUCCCCAUCUUGGUGGGGGAAACCUUUGCUAGCAGAGAGAAGGAGUUUACAGAAUUUUACUCAAAGCGCAAUGACUGAUGCCGUCUCCACUACCCACUUGUUUUAUUGUUGUUUUAUAAACUGUGUAGUUUUGCUGUGUAACUUGACUUUUGCUCAAUUGGAUCUCGCAUUGUGUCAUUUACAAGCUGUUUUUGACAUUUACAUGACAUUGGUGACAUUAACAUGUAAUUGGUGACAUUUACAUGCGACUGGUGACAUUUUCAUACCACUGGUGACAUGGACAUGACAUUGAUGUCAGAUGUGACUGGUGCUUAGGUAUCAUUGUGAUGGAUGAAAUUGUCUCUUGUAGUAGCUGUUAUUCAUAGGCCUACCUGACUUUAUUUAUGCAUAAACAAAUUAUUUGGAUAUCUGUCCAAGUUUUUAGAUAGCUCAAAGUACUAAAAUAAUUUCUCAUGUAACAAUAUUUAUUCAGUUUUAUUUACAGUGCUUAAAAUAAAAACAUUGGCUUAUUGAGGCAUUAUUGUACAAGUAAAAGAGAAUAAAUUAAUUAAUUGAAGAUUUAUUUCCAGCAACUAGAGGGUUAAUAAAAAUGAGAUUGGUCAUAUCAAAACAUUAAAGAAAAGUUUGCAAAAGUCUAGUUAUGAGUAAAAUGCUGGUUAUUUAAGUCAAUACAUAUUAAAAUGUGUAUAAAUAAAUAUGUAUAUACAUAUACCCAUAUAUUUUAUGUAUAAUGAACCCCUAAAAUAAAAAUCAUUGACUCAAGGCACAGCAAACACAAGAUAUUUCUAAAAUGUCAUAGAAACCCAUAACACACUAGGCUCAGUUUAAGACUACUUUCAAAUUACUAGACUGUACAAUGUGUAUUGCAGUAUCAUUGAAAUUGAAUGUUUUUUCACAAAUUGUUUAUUCUUUUAUGAUUUUUCUUGUUUUUACAUUUAUAGCCUUUGUAUGUUAUCUGAUAUUUUUAAUAUGUUGUUAGGAAAUGUUACUGUUCAUUCAAAAGUUGUGAGCAAUGAUUUUAUUGAGAGCACAAGUUCUCAAUGAUUUAGCUGUAUAUAUA